CACUCUUCUCGUGUUGUCUCAUGUGCUGCAGUUCUUCAUGUGACCGGAGGGCGGCGCUGUUUCCACACUUGGUGAACUACCUCUAUUUGGUCAAGGACUAUGUUGUUCAAAUCUUUCAAAGUGUUCAUUUUGCGUGUUUACGGGGCUUUUUCUGCAGGUCUGCUCGGUGUUUUUCGGGGGGACUCUGUGACCGACUCUCCCCGAGGACUGUGCGCCCAGCCCGGGUUGAGUGUCUCGGGCAGCUGCUUAGCGGUUUUCUGAUCUCUGCCUGGAGGUUUUUUUUUACAAGUUAGCUCAACAGCUAAUCCCAAAAGUCACGUCACCUGUGCGGACACAAAGUUUCCCGGUAGCUCCGGGACAGCCGGUGAGUUUUAACUACAUGUCUUUAUGAAACUUUGUCGAGUGCUUUUCGCGGGGUUUUGUCUCACUUUUCCGCAGCGAUAAAAUUAGCGUUGGAGACGGCAGCAAGUGAAGCGUAGCUGCGGGUUAUAAAUGUCGGUCUGACCCGCAGUCUUACACGGUUAAGGUGUUUUUAAGGAGGGACAUGUGGUAGAGAGGAGACAGCUUCGGUGUUCAGCCCGCUGACUCGGCGGCUCUGGGUUUACUGCUCGUGAGGCCUGCGGGUCGGGCUUCCACCGGGCUUGAGUAGAGCCCGACGCCGGCUUCGAGAGGUGAGAGGCCGGCAGUUGGCUCCGCCACCGCCGGGCCUGCGGACUAAGGUAUGGAACGGAUGGAAGUGGACCAGUGCGCAGGCGCAGCUGGCGGGGCAGGAGGCGGGGCACUCCGCAGAUCGAACAGCGCCCCCAUGAUCACCAGUGUCAGUGACGGGAUGACAGUCUUCAGUCCAGUGUCCUCGGCUCGGUACAGACGCAGCAGCGUGUCCAUCAACCCCAGCUGCCCUUCACAGCUCGUCCCCCUCUCUCCUUUCUCUCUGACCGGAGACAGACUUGACCACAAGAGGCAGGAGGAGAACAUGGAGAUGACGCUCAGAGGAAGUCUGCACAGACGAAGUGCGUCCAGUCUGAUCCCAGCUCCAGUCAGUCAGUGGCACGACCACGCAUCAGUGUGGUUCCCGUCACAGGACAGCGGCGUCACACCGAACUCCUCCCCGAGUCCCACCAGGAGGUUCAGACCAGCAGUCAGUGCCACAGUGAGGUGGCCAGCGCUAACUCCACUCAAGAGGAAAGGAGGGGUGGAGUCUGACGGACCCCCAAAAAAGCUUUUUGUCGCUGGUGUAACGGAUCCCGCCCACCGCAGCAGCUACACUGUCAGUGUCUCUCAGUCAGCAGCAGACUCUCCUCCUGCAGGAGGCGUCAGUCCUCAGUCCAGCCCUCUGUCUCUCUCUCCUCCCCCCUCCUUCACCCCCUUCACCUCCCACCAGCACCCCGGACACUGAAACCCACCUCACCCUCCUCCUCACCUAGUCUUGACCCUGUCACUGUGGGUGCGGACCGACCACCAGCAGCUUCAAGGAACAUCGAGUCCUCAUGGCACCUUAUUUCUGUUCCAAUCAUCUGUAAGUCCCACCUCUUCCUGCGACCACAGGAAAUGAAGAUCGCCUGGUUUUCUGACUUUAUUGUCGUUGAAAAUAUCUGUUUUGGAUCCCUGGAUAUUUUUCUGCAGCGUUGAAGCAUCAUACAGAAAACUUUCUUGAAGUUUCUGAUCGGCUCGCCAUCUGUUUCCAUCGUUUAGUUGGAUAUUUAACCCAAAAUCUCUUUAAUUAAUCCCAGUCCACGUUGGACUGAAGGAUAUACUUGCUUCCUCCCUUCACAGGCCUAAGAGGUUCGUCCUGUGAGCCUUCAGCCUUCAACUCCCCACCCCCCCACCUAAAACGAUUCAUCAUCAGCAUCAUCGUGAGAUCACGAAAACAAACUUUUAGGAAACUGAGGACACACUGGUUGUGUUGUCGGGCAUACGGCUGGAUUCAAACGCCUGUUUCUCAACGUGAUUCUGAUCCGUCACGGAGAGGAAUAAAACGUAAUUGUUAUACAAGGAUAAUAGAACGAAGCACACAAAUGUCUCGUUCCUCGGCUGCAUUUCCGGGAGAACGAACACGUUGAACAGUCCUCGUAGAUUUGAUCUGCGGACAUCGAAGGAAUGAGACACAGUUCAUGUUGCUGCUUCUUGGAUGGCUGCCUCUACAGUGCUGCAGGGAUGACGUAUUUUGUAGGCCGACUCGGAAGUUAGCAUCGCCCUUGUUCCCUCCAAAGAAAGACAAUGGAUUAUUGCAGAAAAUAAGAUCUGUGGCAAACAAAAGUUUAUAACACUUUAUUAGGGCUGCGACUAACAAUUACAGUCAUCUUCAAUUAAUCUGUCGAUUAUUUUCUAGAUUAGUUGUUUGGAAAAUGUUCCCCAAUAUGACGUCCUCAAAUGUAUUAAGAUAUUAUGUUUACUAUCAUGGACGAGUAAAGAAACGAGAAAGGGUUCAAAUUUAAGAAGCUGGAAACGGAGAACUUUGACUUAAAAACGUAGUCAAACCGAUUAAUCGGCUGUCACAAUUGUUGGCGACUACUAAAAUCUUUGCAGCUCUAAUAUUUACACGUUUUGUUCAGCAAGAUAAUCUUCACUGAUGAACAGCACUUUUAUAAAAUGUUGAAUGUUAGGCUAUAAAGAAACUACAGCACGGUCACUUUAACGUCACCACUAAGAUAAAGGCACGUUUUGUUGUAGAACAAAAUGUUAAAAUCUCUUAAUUUUGUCUUAACCACCAACCUUAUUUCAGGGUUCUAACCAAAAACACAUUCAAAAAAACAAUUGACUUUGAGGACGAGGGAACAGGAAGUGCUAAAACGGCGACUCAUUCCUGCAGCACGCUAUUGGACGCAGCUCCAGUCCAAUCUGACCAAUCAGUGGAUGAAGCUUCAGAUCUUCUCUGAUUAAUUAUUCAGAGGUUCUGAAGAAGUUCUAAUAAGGUCUUGAGUUGUAAUCAAGACGUAAUCGCAGGUGACGACAAAAUAUUUUCGUGGCACUUCAGGAACAUUUGGUUCCACCUUCAGACGUCUGCUCUUUGUCCUGGAGUCGUUCAAGUGUGUAAAGCUAUUGGGAAGAUGUAGGAAACAUCGGAUUUAUUUGGACACGGUCUUGAAAUCAAAGUCAUGAGCGUUCGUGGCGGAUGAAUCUGGACUCUCCCAGCACUUAAUCAAAUCAGUGAACCAGGGUCACGCGUUUAUCGGACAUUAUAUCUUUUCUAUCAAAUUUCGUAGCGUUUACAUAAAGCUUCUGCUAAAGGUUGAUCUCAAAACAAAUAACUAAACAUACAAAUCUGAAUAUGGAAUGAAACACUGGGGAUGUCACGAUUCCACAAAUGGACCAGUCGCUACCAACACCAGUGAAAUUCAACAAUUCACAAUACCAAUUUGAUACCACGGUAAAAAACAAACACGAACUCCAGCAUCCUUUAUUACUUCAUCCUGGUUUCUGUCAGGAGGUUCAACAGCUCAUAAUUCAUCUAAUAUCUAUUUUGUAUUGAAAACAUCUUCAAACAUCUGGAUUUAUUCAAUUUUCUCACCAAAAACUUAAUUUUACAAGAUGAAAUUUGAACACAUCAUGAUAACGUUAUAAUUUACCUUCAACCAGAACUCAUUUUGACUGAAUAGAGCCUGAACGCAUCACAAUCUAAAUCAAUGGAACCUGCUAACAGCUAACGUUGAUUAGCUCUCGAGCCCUGACGGUACUACCGGGCAUUACGGUACCUGUGGUACUGUGGAAAAAUGACAUCCCUAGUCCCAACCCAAACACCCUCUGAAGGGGGUUAAGCUUUUUGUAAAGGCCAAAACUGAUCGUAUUUGAGUAUUUUUGAGCCCAAAACAGCUCAACCUGAUUGAAGCGUGAAAUUCAGCCACUGAACAAAAGUUUCAGUCGUUGAAGCCUAAGACUUUUGUGUUUUAAAGAACAGUUGUAAUCGUAGUCGCGGAUGAGUCACCCUGACUGAAGCCUUCUGGUUUUAGCAGAAGAAACUUGAAAGACUUCAAUUGUUUGUCUACAGUUUGUUAAUGUCUGGCCGACAGUUUCACUGUACGACGUUUUUCUCCUGGUGUGAGAAACUGUUUUACCAACUGCUCCCGGUCAGUACAAGUGUGAAGUCUGUUUGUUAAUAGUGUAUCUAUAUGUGAAUAUUGACAGUCGGAGCAGCUGAUAUGUGCUCACUUUUCUUCAGCCUGCAUGGUUUGAUUGUACAUAUUGAAUCUGCAGGAAACUCCUAAAGGUGCAUUUAUACUUUGACCUUUUCAUUUCCCAGGCUUCAGUCUGUUCUUCCUGAAAUCAUCCACAUUGUCAUUCAUGAAGGUCAAU